UUUAUUUUUUGCUGUGUUUUAGAUUAUUUUUGUACGCCGUUCAUUCAGUUAUUUUUUUACAAAUUUUAUCUGGUGCUUGUCUGAAUGACGUUACGAUUGCGUGCCAAAACUAGCGAGGGGUUAAUCUCGCUGGACGUUCUGAGCCCUUCGGAUUCGAUUUUGGACCUGAGAAAACUUCUGUCUCAGAAACUAUCAGUUGACACCGGGAGUCUUGUCAUCAAAUGCGGAUUCCCACCCAAGGUCCUUGUUGAAACCGAGAAUGGUUCUGAACUUGGAGUGUAUGUGAAAUCGGGCGAUACAUUAAUAGUGGAGCAGAGCAGCAAAAAAGAACCAGUGGCCUCCAAUGGGGUGAAGAGAAAGAUUGAUGAAGUAAAUGGUGCUUCUACAAAUAGUAUUGGUGCUAAUUCAAAUGCAGUUUCAAUAUCACGCAAAGUGAUCCCAGCUGACAACUCGUGUCUUUUCAACAGUUUCUGCUUCGCCUAUUCACACACAGGAGAAAAUCUGUUCACUCAUCAGCAGCUAAGAGAUCUCAUAGCUUCGACAGUAGCCGCAAAGAGAUCCAAGUAUCCCCCUGAGGUGCUGGGAAGUGAUGUUACGGAGUAUCAGAAGUUCAUUCGCAACCCACAGAGCUGGGGAGGGGCGAUAGAAGCAGCUAUUCUUGCAGACCACUUCGAAAUGGAAGUUAGAAUCGUUGAUGUUCAGACAAACAGAGUUGACAAAUUCGGCUGCUCCGAAAAUUUUUUGCAAUGUGUUUACCUCCUUUACGACGGAAUACACUACGACGCUCUAUUUCAAGCUCCUCACAAAUCUGUCUUCUGUGUAUCGGACCAACAAGUGGAACAGGCGUGCAUUAAAUUCGCUGAAGGUUUGAAGAAGUUGAACAAGUUCACUAAUCUGGCCAGUUUCAGUCUGCGAUGCAUGAUUUGCAACGAGCUCCUGAAAGGACAAUCGGAUGCUCAAAAACAUGCAAUGAGCACUAAACAUAUAAACUUCAGAGAAGUUGGAACAUAAAUUCUAUAAUAUUUAUUAUGAAUGAGCAUUAAGACCUUAAAUUUGAUAGCUGUGUUUAUGCUUGUAGUCCUGAGCUGCUAAUAGCAUUGUUUGAUCUGGUUCAAUCUGCCCAGUGCCAAAAAUUGAAGGAUAUUGAAACAAAAAAUUGUCAUUUUUUUUUCUGAAACAUGUCUUCGCUAUGCAUUAUUGGAUCAGUUUUACUGUUUGAACCAUUGAAAUAUUUUUUGUAGUGCCUCAAAAAUGCUGAUGCGAUAAAGUUGCUUAAUUCCUAA